AUGACUUCCGAGGCUCCUGAGUCCACCUCACCAAUCACUAUCACCGAGACCAAACACGUGGUCAGAAUCUCGGCCAGCGCUCCAAUAACAACGGAUCGUGCGGCCGAGUCCAUGGGAGAGCAAGCAGUAGUGGAGGAUCUGAUGGUGAAGUAG